AUGCUUAUUCUAGGUCUUACGGGUGGUAUUGCAACAGGAAAAUCUACAGUAUCCAAGCAUCUUGCUGAAAAGCAUAAUAUUCCGAUCAUUGAUGCAGAUAAAAUAGCUAGAGAGAUUGUGGAGCCAGGCACCCCUUGUUACAAUCUCAUUGUUGAAUAUUUUGCACCUCUGAUCCCAGAUCUAGUAGACCUCGAUACCGGAGUACUCAAUAGGGGAGCUCUUGGAGCUCAUGUUUUCACACACAAGAAAGAUUUAGAAAAGCUGAAUUCAAUAACACAUCCAGCUGUUAAGAAAAAGAUUCUACAUACGAUAUUGAAAGAGUAUUUUAGUUUCAGUCCUGUCGUUAUUCUGGACGUUCCUCUCCUUUUUGAAAGCGGAAUGGAUUGGUUAUGCUCAAAAGUCCUAACGAUAACUUGUAAUGAUGAAAUUCAGCUGAGGAGGUUAUUACACCGAAACAAAGACUUGACUCGAGACCAGGCUUUAAGCCGAAUCAAUUCCCAAAUGAAAGUUUUGAAGAAAGCCCAAAUGAGUGAUUAUAUAAUCGAAAAUAAUGGAACACUGGAUGAUUUGGUAACUAAAGUUGACGAAUUUGUCUGUCAUCAUCUCCAUGCUUUAAAUAGUAAAGCUUGUUUUGACUACUGGGUUAACCUGGCAGAGGUACUAUUUCCCCCGUUAGCUCUUGUAGGUGCUCUUUAUGCAUUAAGUAGAAGAUUCUCCGUGAAGUACUUUUAG